GACGUUUAGAUCCCAGUAAAGACGUUUAGAUCCCAGUAAAGACGUUUAGAUCCCAGUAAAGACUCGAUCUUUCAGUCAUCGUCAUUUUAUAGCGUACUUUUAGACCGGAAGUAAAGAUUAGAGGGAAGUGGCGCUGUUUAUUCGAGAAAGUCGCGCAACAUUUUGAGUUUCAGAGAGGAGUUUUAUUCUCUCUCUCUCUCUCUCUCUCUCUCUCUCUCUCUCUCUCUCUCUCUCUCUGCUUGUGUAUCUUUAAGAACAUUACAGUGAGCCGCAGUCUUUAACUUCCUGAGGUCAGAGUUCAAUGAAUCAGGACAACUGGACUUUUGUCUAUUUUCGAUCCGAUCGUCUCACUGCUCAUCCGAGCUGCUUCUACAGUCUGGAGUCUCCAUCUAACUAAAGAAGUCCAGGUGAUCUGAUCCAGCUUCCAGAUGAGAAUCUUCACACAUUCAUUAGCUACAUGUAAAACUAGCUACCUGCUCCAUACACAGGUUGAGAAUGGACGAGGCAGAGAAGUACCAGCAGAGACUACAGGCAAUAGCGGAGAAGAGGAGAUUGCAGGAGGAACAGGAUCGAGCAAAACGGCAGCUAGAAGAUGAGAAACUCAGACUGCAGCAACUGAAAAGGAAGUCUCUGAGGGACCAGUGGUUGCUGGAGGCACCUCCCCUUUCUCCAGACAGCGCAGGACCUCGAUCCCCUCUCUGGGGCUUAGAAGCUCAGCAGAUUGAAGCACAACAAUUGCAGAAUGAGAUCAUAGAUAAAACAUACAAGCAUAAGGAAGACAGCUCAACUUCAGCCCAGUCACACACAGAUCUCCAUGGCAACAGCAAGAAAGUGAAUGUUGUGACAGCACAUCCAUCAGGAAGUUCAGUGAACGGAGAGGAGAAAAGCACAGACUCUUCUUAUGACAAGUCUCUCACCAAUGGUGCUGCACGAGAUGAGCAAUCCCACAGUGCUCCUCUUCAGCAUGUUAAUGACAUCACCAAGGGGGAGGAGACUCUCUUAUUCCUGGGUUAUACGGAGGCGGAGCCUGGGCAGGGUUUGUGUAAUGAUGAUGAUGAUGUCAGUGCAGUCAUUCGUGCAGAGAGAGUGAUCAUCACAGAGGAGGGAGUGGAAGUGACCCAGGACAUGCAAGCCGAGGAGGAGAAAGUGGAGGAGGAAGGAAGAGAAGAGGAAGAACGAAUAAAGCAAGAGGAAAAAAGAGAGGAGGAAACAGAGGAAGAACUAGAGAAGGAAAGAGAGGAACUAAGAGAAGAGGAAGAAAGAAUAAAGCAAGAGGAAAAAAGAGAGGAGGAAAUAGAGGAAGAAUUAGAGAAGGAAAGAGAGGAACUAAGAGAAGAGGAAGAAAGAAUAAAGCAAGAGGAAAAAAGAGAGGAGGAAAUAGAUGAAGAAUUAGAGAAGCAAGGAGAGGAAGGAAGAGAGACAGAAAGAGAGGAAGGAAGAGAGGCAGAAAGAGAGGAAGGAAGAGAGGCAGAAAGAGAGGAAGGAAGAGAGGCAGAAAGAGAGGAAGGAAGAGAGGCAGAAAGAGAGGAGGAUGUUUCAGAUGUACAGAAUAAAGUGCCCAGUGAGGCUGGUGAAGGUACUGAGUUUGAGGAAGGUCUCAGAAAUAACAACAGAGAAAUGAACACAAAUGUUGAAUCAUCAAACGAAGACACAAAAGAAAGAAAAAUCUCUCACUCUGAUGAAGAAACGAUUGCAGGCCCUGAAACAAAAUCAGUCAAAGACUCCGAUUUAAUCACAGAUCCAGCAGCAAAUAUUGAACAGGAAACAGCAGCAGCUGAAACACCAGGGGGCGCCGUUCAAAUACCCUCUGACUCUAGCACACUGUCUGCUUCAGCCCCAAAUCCUAACGGUGCCCAGAAAUCCCCAGAUCCCGCUUCGUCCUCCACAAACGCCGCAGCACAGUUCCAGGAAAUACCACUGGGUGGAGCUACGGUGGAAGAGGAGCCGCUAUUGGCCACGAAAGUGGGACCGCCGACAGAAGCAACUAACCCGACCCCGGCCGAGGGGGCAAAGACGAAAACCUGCCAGUGCUGUACAGUCAUGUGAUCACGAUCACUAACCCUGACCCUGUCAUGUGAUCACGAUCACUAACCCUGACCCUGUCAUGUGAUCACGAUCACUAACCCUGACCCUGUCAUGUGAUCACGAUCACUAACCCUGACCCUGUCAUGUGAUCACGAUCACUAACCCUGACCCUGUCAUGUGAUCACGAUCAUGUGACUUCCACAGAUGCUCCAGCUGAAUGUCUGAUCACAAAGCCGGUCUUUAACCUGACACUGAGACACGGACUGACCUCAGAUCAGAAAUAUCACAGUGACGCUGUUCACCAUCACCGGCCAAUCAGACAAAAACAGGAAGUACUACAUCUGUGAACUAACACAUUUCCUUCAUUUGCUUUGAGUAAUUUCUGUCGUUUUUAAAGCUCUUUAAAUGAUCAGCACUUUACAGCGAUCUGUUUCUCUCCUGUUUAACCCUCGGUUUGUGUGGCUUUUGUUUUAGCCAUGAAACGUGUUGGAAAAUACUGAAAGAUAAAAUAAAGUUCCGUGACUUCAGUUUAAAUGUUCGGUGCUGCAGCUUGUAAAAGAUUUCAGUUUGAUCAGACGUAGCUGGGGAGUCCGAUCUAAACAGCUCAUCUUUAUCUCUUUAUUUCUGUAACAAACGUUUGGACAGAAUUACAGUUGUGUUUAUGGCAGAUCCACUACAUCUUAUAUGGGUGUAGCUUUCUCUCCAGCUGCAGUUCUCCAGCUUCAGCACGCCACCUGCUGGUCAUCUCCAGGCUCCACGUGUAACAUGUACAUACUCUUACUAAGCCAUAAAGCCAUAUUUAUAGAUUUAUAUAUUUUCCUCAGCUGAUUUUUAUCCAUUCCAUUCUUACAUGUUCAGAUUGCUCACAGAUUAUUGAACGUUUCUGAACAUUAAAUAUUUUGUUAUCUAUUUCAUGUCAGUUGUAUUUUUAAUGUUUUUCUUUAUAAUGUCUUCACCGUGUCUUUGGGAUUUUCUGAUAUUUCCUGAUAUCAUAGUUAAAUAAAUAUAUAAUCCAUGAA